AUGGGCUGUGGUACAUUUUCGAAACAAUCAGAAUUUGCUGUUGAGGAUAAUAGACACACCCCUUCUCAUCAUCAGAAUAAUCAAAAGAGAGUUGAUCCAGUUUCAUCAUCACAAUCAUCAUCGCAGGGAAACGACUCGAAUCAUCAACAAGAGCAAUCGCUUGAGGUGGCCUCCGCCAAAAAAUCAAGAAAAGGAAGCUUCCUAUCUCGAAGGGGGUCAUCCUCCAAAUCAAUUAACCAUUCUAAUAACCCAACUAGUAUAACAAUAACAGAGGAAGAGCCAGUUUCAGAGAUAUAUCCAUUCAUUUCUUGGCCUGAAGAUAUCAUGAUUUCGCUUGCAAAUAAGGGUUCUCAAUUUGAGAUGGGAGAACUUUCUCUCAAUCCGUCGGACGCUUCGGAGGAUCAAUCAAAUGAGCGACCACUCUUAAAAUAUGUUAAGGACAAAAGAAAUAGUAGUCAACAAAGUGUUAUAGAUUGCAUGUAUGAUAUGAUGAGCAAAUCGUUAUAUUUUGGAGGUAACGCACCCUUUCCUGUAAAUAAUGAAAACAAUUAUGAUAUUGCACUUGAUUUUAUUGCCCAAGGAUGCCCAUCCGGGAAACAACGGUUUACAUUCUUUUCUCAUAAGGAAAUACUUUUACAUAGGAGCGCUUUCUUUAAAGGAGAGCUCUCAAAAGAUAACGGAGCAGUUGACUCCCUAAAGCGAACCCUAAGCAGUGCGCAUGAUUUUAGGAAAUCGAUGGUUAAAGCAGAGACAAAUGUAGCAGAGAGAAGAAACACGGCUGGAGAGGCGAUAUCUUUGAAACGAACAGCGAGUCAUACAAACAAUCAAGGACCUAGAUCGAGUCUUCCACCGAUGCCCUCACAUCAACAACGAUCUUUGAAUACCACAAGUACGAAAAAUUUGUUGGCCGGCUUUGAUUCUUCGGGGUCUUCAGCAAUGAUUAAGCCAAUGAUACAAGAUGAGAAGGAAGAACUCUUUUCUUCUCAAGGAAGUCUUACGUCUUUAAUGCUUUCAGAAGAGAAACGAAAAGGACAACGAAAACCAAAUAAUCAGAAUCUAACAAUAGACCUUUCAAAACAAACCAAAUCCAAUUUACAACCAUCAAGACUUGAGGUGAUAUUAACUCCUCUAGUCAAAAAUCCGGAAGUAUUGCUUUUGGUUUUUGAGAACAUCUACUCAGGAUAUUUUCGGCCCGACUAUGUUCACAAGAUGAAGUCUUUGGACAUGGAAACUCUAAUUCAAGUGCUUGCUCUUGGAUAUCAGUUUAAAGUUCAGUCUAUUCGGUCAGUUUGCAAAAGUUUAAUCAGCCAGUUUGUCUGUACACAUAAGGAAAAGUACACAAACCUUGAAGAUCUUAUAUCGUCAACCUUCAGCGCUAUAUCAAUAGAUGAUAUUCAGAAAAACAACAUGAGCAUUGUACUGGAGCUUAGGAAAAUAUUUCAAGAUUCCAAAAAGUCCUUACAAGAGAAUUUUAUAUCGCUAACUCAGGAGAAAAGAACUUUCCUUAAAGAUCUUGAUUUUAUGUUUGUUCAUUGCAACAUGAAAAAGAACCAUCAGGACUUUAGUGAUAUGAAAUUAACCAUUCAUGUGGAAAAAAAGGAUGAAGAAACAGAAAAUGAUGCAGGACAAACAACAAGUGUAUCUGCCCUUCGGUCAAGCUUGGAAAGAAAGCAAGACGAAGAUCGUGAUGUACAGCCUCUAAUCAAUCAAAAGAAAAAGAGGACCAAACUUCAAGACACAAUUGAGCGAAAUCCAACUAAAAAGAUUUUUAUCCAUAAUUUUAUACUGAAGUGCAGAACUAGCAUGGAUAACAUUGAACAAUUCCAUCUCUACUCUACGAACGUGGAUGUUGUCAAGACAUUUGUUCAUUAUUUGUAUACAGAUACCAUUCACAACGACGCCUACAACGUGAGCAAGAAAAAGAUAAUCCCUUUAGCAGAACUAUUUCAUAUUGACCGAUUGAAGUACGAAUGCUUAGCUCAUGCAUUAUUCAACUUAACAGAGGAUAACAUUUUACAAAAAUAUAAUAAGGCCGUGGAAUGCAAGGAGACUCUUCUUUCUCAAGCUAUUUUAUAUACCAUGGCAGGAAUAUAUCCAAAGCUAGUUCAAAAGAAUUAUGAAGAAGGAACAGAAGAGUACAAUAUUUUCUUUUCAAUCGACGAGAAGCUGAAAAUGCUCUAUCAACGAAUAAGCGGACAGUUUGUACUAAGGCGACGCCUGUUUGUUGAGACUAGGCUAGCAGAACUCAUACCUAAGGUUGACACAUCUCUGCUACCUCCCAAUCAGACCUCUCCCAUUCACAAGAUACAUAUUCACGUUUGCGGCCAACGAGGUGUUGGUGUUUCUACGUUUAUUGCUCAAGCUCGGUAUCAGCUCAGUGACUUAAAAUCAUUUGAGGGAGUUGAUAAUAUUGAAAUAUCAAUUAGUCAUUCAUAUUCUUCGGAGAAGGGCUAUGUUGCAACUUCUCCAAAGGCAGAUGGUAUAAUAUUUUUGUUUGCAGUAGAUAAUAUUAAUUCAUACAAUUCAAUUCGUAAAUGCUUUGAAGAUUUUAGAGCUCAUUUUAAAGCUCCAGUUUUGAUGGUUGGAAACAAAUGUGACGCAAUUAUUCACGCAUUUGAAAAUGAAAACAAUGUUGUGAACUCGAACAAGCUCGUUAAGGAGGUCACGGAAGAGAUGGGUUGUCCCUAUUUCGAAAUAUCCGCCCGACAAAUCCACAACGUGAGGAAAUGUCUCGAAGAAGCAGUUCGAGAGAUUCUUUAUCAUCGACACAUUGUUUUCAAAGCACCUUCUCAUCACUCAGAAAAGGUGUUACGAGACACCAUGGCCGAAGUGAAGUCACCCACAGUGCAGAAUAAAUAA